GACCCGGAAUGCCUGCUCGCAGCGGUAGGCCGAGGACAGGCGGGGCUCUGCGGGUCCCCAGCCCACGUGCUCCCGGCCUCCUCCGCAGGGCGCCGCCUUCCGGCUAGGCGCAACACGGACUACAUUUCCCAGGGUGAACAGCGGCGGGGCCUAGACUCGGCCGCGGCCUGGGGCGGCGAGCCGCUCCACCGCCUGCUCAGGGGAGCGCGGGCUGGCGCGAGGACAGGGCUAAGGACCCGGAAUGAGUUUCCGCGCAGUUCCGCUGGGCCGUGCCGGCCUGUACCGGGCCGUGCCGAGCCAGAACUGGCAGGAGUGGGGGCCUGAGUUGGCAGUGCCGAGGACAGGCGCUCGGGGCAGCCCGCGCCUUGCCGAGGUCCCUGCCCCGUCCCGGCCGGCCUGGCUUGUCUUGUCAGUCACUGGGGCGGAGGCAGCGCCUGUAGCGGGGCUGUAGCUGGGCGGUGAGCACAGCGCGGGCCAGGCCGAACGGAAGGGACCUGCCACAGCCCCUCAACUCCACGGACUCUUCGCCCCAGACUAGCGGAGCUGCAUCUCCGCGCUUCGUUGGACGCCUCCGUAACCACGAAGGGCUCUCUCUCCCGUGACCCUCCAGCCCCAUGACCUCUUCAUAGCACCCGAGAGCUCACCCAGGAGGGGGUGUUGUGGGUACAGGCCAUCGACCCUGUGACCCCUCAAGAGCCAGGGACUCGGUUUCCCCCGCAGGCCUCCCUCCCCUGUGACUCCCUCCACACAGAUUCUGGGGACAGAGCUGUUACCUACCACUAGGAUCCCCGCCUGAGAGCUCCUCGCUGACGGCUCCCUCCUCGGAGACCCCUUCAUUGGGUCUCCUAAGAGCACCGCUUUUGGUCUCUGGCAAGCCUCCCACCCCCAAACGAGGUGGGGAGGCCUCGGCAGCCAUGCCCGCCCUGGGCACCCCCUCACCCCACCACUCCCUGGGCACCCAAGCCGGGGUCUAGCAGGGGGCCAGCAGCCAAGGGGCUGGGGCAGGAGACAGAUCAGGGCCCACCUCCCUGCCAGGGAGGGAGCAAAGAUGGAACGGCGGGAGGAGCAGCCGGGGGCUGCAGGGGCUGGAGCAGCACCAGCCUUGGACUUCACUGUGGAGAACGUGGAGAAGGCGCUGCACCAGCUCUACUAUGAUCCCAACAUUGAGAACAAGAACCUGGCUCAGAAGUGGCUGAUGCAGGCCCAGGUCUCCCCACAGGCCUGGCACUUCAGCUGGCAGCUACUGCAGCCUGACAAAGUACCAGAGAUCCAGUACUUUGGGGCCAGUGCUCUUCACAUCAAGAUCUCUCGCUACUGGAGUGACAUCCCCACUGACCAGUAUGAAAGCCUAAAGGCACAGCUCUUCACCCAGAUCACCCGCUUUGCCAGUGGCUCCAAGAUUGUACUGACUCGGCUGUGCGUGGCACUGGCCUCACUGGCUCUCAGCAUGAUGCCUGACGCUUGGCCAUGUGCUGUGGCAGAUAUGGUACGACUCUUCCAGGCUGAGGACUCACCAGUGGAUGGUCAGGGCCGCUGCCUAGCCCUGCUAGAGCUGCUGACAGUGCUGCCUGAGGAGUUCCAGACCAGUCGCCUACCCCAGUACCGCAAAGGCCUGGUGCGAACCAGCCUGGCGGUGGAAUGUGGGGCUGUCUUCCCACUGCUGGAGCAGCUGCUACAGCAGCCCAGCUCACCCAGCUGUGUGCGUCAGAAGGUGCUCAAGUGUUUCUCCAGCUGGGUGCAGCUGGAGGUGCCACUGCAGGACUGUGAGGCGCUCAUUCAGGCUGCCUUCGCUGCUCUGCAGGACUCGGAGCUCUUCGACAGCAGUGUGGAGGCCAUUGUGAAUGCCAUCUCACAGCCUGAUGCCCAGAGGUACGUGAACACACUCCUGAAACUCAUCCCGCUGGUGCUGGGUCUGCAGGAACAACUGCGGCAGGCAGUGCAGAAUGGGGACAUGGAGACCUCCCAUGGCAUCUGUCGCAUCGCCGUGGCCCUGGGCGAGAACCACUCCCGGGCCUUGCUGGACCAAGUAGAGCACUGGCAGAGUUUCCUGGCACUCGUCAACAUGAUUAUGUUCUGCACAGGCAUCCCUGGCCACUAUCCUGUCAAUGAGACCACCAGCUCCCUAACCCUCACCUUCUGGUACACACUGCAGGAUGAUAUUCUAUCCUUUGAGGCAGAGAAGCAGGCUGUAUACCAGCAGGUGUACCGGCCAGUCUACUUCCAGCUGGUGGAUGUGCUUCUGCACAAGGCCCAGUUCCCUUCUGAUGAGGAAUAUGGAUUCUGGUCCUCAGACGAGAAGGAGCAGUUCCGAAUUUACAGGGUGGACAUCUCAGACACGCUCAUGUAUGUCUAUGAGAUGUUGGGGGCCGAACUGCUCAGCAACCUCUAUGACAAGCUGGGUCGUUUGCUCACCAGCUCAGAGGAGCCCUACUCCUGGCAGCACACAGAGGCCCUCCUCUACGGCUUCCAAUCCAUCGCAGAGACAAUUGACGUCAACUAUUCUGAUGUGGUGCCUGGGCUCAUUGGCCUCAUCCCACGGAUCAGCAUCAGCAACGUGCAGCUGGCAGACACUGUCAUGUUCACCAUUGGAGCUCUGUCUGAAUGGCUGGCUGACCACCCCGUCAUGAUCAACAGUGUUCUGCCCCUGGUACUGCAUGCCCUAGGCAAUCCUGAGCUCUCUGUCUCUUCUGUGUCCACCCUCAAGAAAAUCUGCCGAGAGUGCAAGUAUGACCUGCCUCCCUAUGCUGCCAACAUUGUGGCUGUGUCCCAGGAUGUGCUGAUGAAACAGAUCCACAAGACAAGCCAGUGCAUGUGGCUGAUGCAGGCGCUGGGCUUCCUGCUGUCAGCUCUUCAAGUGGAGGAGAUCCUUAAGAACCUGCACUCGCUUAUCUCACCCUAUGUCCAGCAACUGGAGAAGCUGGCAGAGGAGAUACCCAAUCCCUCCAACAAGCUGGCCAUUGUUCACAUCUUGGGGCUUCUCUCCAACCUCUUCACCACACUGGACAUCAGUCAUCAUGAGGAUGAUCAUGAAGGCCCCGAGCUUCGGAAGCUGCCAGUGCCACAGGGACCCAACCCCGUGGUGGUGGUGCUGCAGCAGGUCUUCCAGCUUAUCCAGAAGGUGCUGAGCAAAUGGUUGAAUGAUGCCCAGGUUGUGGAGGCGGUGUGCGCUAUCUUUGAGAAGUCUGUUAAGACGCUACUGGAUGACUUUGCCCCCAUGGUGCCACAGCUGUGUGAGAUGCUGGGUCGGAUGUACAGCACCAUCCCCCAGGCCUCUGCUCUUGACCUCACUCGACAGCUGGUCCACAUCUUUGCUCAUGAGCCUGCCCACUUUCCCCCAAUUGAGGCCCUCUUCCUGCUCGUCACCUCCGUCACACUCACUCUCUUCCAGCAAGGGCCCUCAGAUAAACCUCAAAAGGAGAUACCAAGGACUGACCUCCCCCAACCCCCCACCGCCAUCCCAGCUCUCCUCUUCGAUGACUGGCUGAUGGGAGGGCCCAGGGAUCAUCCUGAUAUUGUUGAUUCAUUUAUGCAACUCCUGGCACAGGCUCUGAAGCGGAAGCCAGAUUUGUUCCUGUGUGAACGAUUGGAUGUCAAAGCUGUGUUCCAGUGUGCUGUGCUGGCCCUCAAGUUCCCUGAGGCACCUACUGUCAAGGCCUCCUGUGGCUUCUUUACAGAGCUGCUGCCUCGGUGUGGGGAAGUAGAGUCUGUGGGAAAGGUGGUACAGGAAGACGGUCGUAUGCUGCUCAUAGCAGUGCUGGAGGCCAUUGGGGGCCAGGCCUCCCGCAGCCUCAUGGACUGCUUUGCCGACAUCCUGUUCGCCCUGAACAAGCACUGCUUCAGCCUCCUGAGCAUGUGGAUCAAGGAGGCUCUGCAGCCACCUGGUUUCCCCUCUGCCCGCCUCAGCCCUGAACAGAAGGAUACCUUUAGCCAGCAGAUCCUUCGUGAGCGAGUGAACAAGAGGCGGGUGAAAGAGAUGGUGAAGGAGUUCACACUGCUGUGCCGGGGUCUCCAUGGCACAGAUUACACAGCUGACUACUGAGGGGUGCCCCCAUCCCACCCACCCCUUCUCUUCAUCCUUCCCUAUUCCCAAAGAGUAAACCUGGACCCUCA